AUGUUCACUAAAUCUGCAGCGGCAGCGAUUGCCCUCACUGCAUCUUCGUUUCUUCUCGGAGGUGCUGAGGCAAACAACAAAUAUUUGUACAACGAUUACACCGACUUGGCUGCAAAACAAGAAACCAAAGCCUACUGCUUGGACAAUGACUUGGUUCAGAUCGAUGCUACCGACUUGAAUAAGAGACAUUUGAUCUCAGCUGACGCAGGCAUUGCUGCCGAAAUUGACACUCCAGUUGCUGACGCCGCUGCUGCAAUUGGAGCAGACGCUUCUAUUCUCAAGAGACACUUGGUUGAGGCCGGUCUUGGAGCUGCUGCCGAUCUCGAUGUCUUGGGACUCGUUUCUGCCGAAGCUGGACUUGGAGCUGAUGCUUCUAUCCUUAAAAGACACUUGGUCGAAGCCGGUCUCGGAGCUGCCGCUGAAGCUGACAUUGCUGGUCUUGCUUCGGCUGGUCUUGCCGCCGGAGCUGAGGGUUCCAUUCUCAAGAGAGGUUUGGCUGACGCUGCUGCCGGUAUUGGUGCUGGACUCGACACUCCUAUCGGAGGAGCUGAAGCUGGAAUUGGCGGUGCUGCAUCCAUUCUUAAGAGACACUUGGUCGAGGCCGGCAUUGGAGCUGCCGCUGCAGCUGAUAUUGCUGGUCUUGCUUCUGCUGGUAUUGCCGCUGGCGCUGAUGCUUCUAUCCUCAAGAGAGGAUUAGUUGACGCUGGUCUUGGCGGUGCCGCUGCAGCUGACAUUGCUGGACUUGCUUCCGCUGGAAUUGGUGCUGGAGCCGAAGGUUCUAUUCUCAAGAGACACUUGGUCGAUGCUGGUCUUGGAGCAGCUGCCGAUCUUGAUGUCUUGGGACUCGUAUCUGCUGAGGCUGGACUUGGCGUUGAGGCUUCUAUCCUUAAAAGACACUUGGUGGAAGCUGGUCUCGGAGCUGCUGCUGAAGCUGACAUUGCUGGUCUUGCUUCUGCCGGUAUUGCUGCCGGAGCUGACGCUUCAAUCCUCAAGCGUAGCUUGGCUCAAGCUGCCGCUGGACUUGGCGGUGAGAUCGACGCUGGCGUAGCUUCUGCUGGAGCUAUGGCCGAAGCCGAGGGCUCUAUCCUCAAGAGAGUUCUCAAGAACAUCGCAGACGCCAAGCAGGUUGUCUUGAGUGCAUUCACUGGAUCCGUCCCUAAGGCUUCGUUCACCGUAUCGGACGUUGCUUGGGUCAAGGAUGACUUGUUCAAGGUGACCAUCAACUUUGCUACCCAAGAUGCCGCUCAAUUGUUCGCCAAAUUCCAAGACGAGUUGAAGUCGCUUCUGCUUUCUGGAACUGAAGACGAAAACAAGGUGUUGUGGGAUGGUAGCUCCAAGAGCCAGAUCGACAACUUUAACCAAUGGUCUGCCUCUGUGUUGGUCAAGGCUUCCAAGCACCAGAACCUCUACUGUUUGCCAGACGACUUUGCUAUUAAGUUUGACUGGAACGCAAACGACUCCAGUGAAUUGCAUAAACUUUGGGCUGACUACUUUGAUACCACCUACGAGUACACUUUGUCUCAACAGUUCGACUCGGGAAAGAAGAAGGCCCGUCGUAACUACAAAGUCUCAAAGAGAGAGUACGAAGAAGGUAAGGCUACUCAGUCGAACUCUACUGCUGCUAUUGAUGAGUCGUCGUUGAAGGACCUUCAAUCUUCUACCAAUGUGUUGCCCAACUUCUGCUGGCCCGCACAGUGCUCUUCAUAA